AUGCUGCCGUCAUGUUUCAAGUCCACCGACCGGCUCUUCGAUGAUAGCCUUGCUGGCAUCAUUGGCGAUGCACGCUCACCAGGCCGCACGGUUCUGGGGCGAAGUACGGGAAGCCAGACGCCGCGAAGCAACUUGCCGGAUGUGAGCAUAAGCCCAAGCGCGCAGGGGAAGCCCGAGGAGAGGCUUCUGCAACCGCGGAAUCAGCUUGGCUCUCUUCUUUGUGCGCUCAGUGCAGCGAUCAUUAGCCUUUGGUCCCUGCGCGACCCCGAUGCGUGUGUCAGCUUCACGCCGGAGCAGGCGGAUGCGCCAAAAAAGUGCAAGGCCUUGGAGGAUUACGCCGACGCGAACACUCACCUGCUGGGCUUCUGUUACUUGAACUGUGGAGACACAGAGGUCCACAUCUACGCUUGGUCACUGGUUUUUGGCCUCCUGCUGCAGUCUCUGACGGUGCUGCCCUCGCACUGCAGCUGCGGGGAUCAGUUCCUGCGGGUCACCUGGCGUGUAGAUUUCACUGGCGAUCUCGCAGUUCUCGAAGAAGAUCUGGCGAACAAGAGCAGCGGUUCCUGGCUUUGGCGCAGAGUGCAGGCAUGGACGGGAUCGCAGCGGGGUAGCCUCUUCGAUUGGCUUGAAGGCCUCCUUCAGAAGCAGGAGAAGAUGCUGCCGCUGCAUAUGAAGGUCAUCCACCAGGCUGCAACAUUGUGGUAUCUCCUGGCUGCUUUAGAGCUGCUGCUUCAUGCAGCUUCAACGCUGGAGCUCUACUCAGGAUCUGUUUCCUUCAAGUGCGAGGGCCCGACACCAGAAGACCCAGUCGAGGUAACAGCGCCCGUCCAAUACAGCAUGUUGGAGGCGAUGGCUCAAGCAUUCACGCUGAUUCUGCUUUGCGUGUCGCUUUGGCUGAACUCCCGCGCUGAGUGGCGAACUUGCUGCAGCUGCGACGCACGCGCGCUCCGCGAAGCCUUCGGGGACCGCCCUUGCCAGCCCAUGAUUUGCCCGCGGAGCAAGCACCCGAUGCUUUCCCAAGUGUAUGGCAAGGAGCUGCUGCUCGUUUGCUCGCCCUCACGCGAGCUCCCUCUGACUGAUCCGGACAGCUGGGGGCAGGAUUCCAAUUUGUUGCAGCUGCAGUUCCAGGAUUUCUCCGAACCAUCUACGCUCGCCGCCCGUCGGAGAACGAAUCUCUUGGUGAUUGGAGGUCUCGGGAUUGUGCUUCUUCACGGUGCCUCCAUUUCCUGCUGGGGAUGCAUCAACGAAGUCACACUGGGGCGAUCUGGGGGACUGUUCGAUGUGGAGUCGCAGCUCCUGUUGCUGGGCUCAUGUGGCCGUCACAAUGGGAGCGGCAUCCCAUGUGUGCUUGCGGCAUGUUGCAUGGCCGUCUUGAUGCUGGCACAGACGGUGAUUAUUGCUGCGGGCGGCGAGAGAGACACCUGGCAGGAUGACGAUCAGAUGGCGAUUACGAUGAUGGAUUUUCGGGAGUACCAAGACAACCUGCUCUAUGGCGUGCUCGCAGACCAGGAGGUCCGCAGCCACGUGUGGUUGCGUCCGGAGGGGGACGCCUGGGACUUCGCUGACUUCUUAGAGGCAUCCUCAGAGGCAAGCCGCAGCAAAUGGCGGAGGAGCCAAGGCGUCGUAGGGGGCAUUCGCGUGAUCCGUGACCCCGAUGAAGAGCUGUGGAGUUGUGUGCACUGUAAGGGCUUGCCGACGGAUGAAGGCCCUUCCACAGUCUACAUCGAGUUCAACCGGCCUGGUACUGAGGAAGCUAUGGCAGCUAUGCCUAGGUUGCGGCAGAUUGUGCCCGUGGACUUCCUCCCGGGCGCCUUUGUGUGCUCCCUCAGUGUGGGCAGAAGACAAGCCUGGAACACCCUUUCCCUAACCUUGUCCGGAGCAGCAAUGGCCCUGAUCAUCUUCGACUUGGGCUUCCACCUUCAGUACUCCGUGCAAGGCACCCUCCUGAAGGAUUGCGAGGACAUCCUUAGCGGCCGUUGCCUGGAGCUGGAGCCGCGAGAUCGGAUCAACGUCCGCUCGGCACUUGGGGUGUACCUCGCCAUCCUUGGGGGAGCUUGUGAUGCGGUUAUGAUUGCUAUCCUGUUGUCUCUCAGGUAG